AUGGCUACGUCAUUAUUGGGAACAACAACUAAAAAUGAGCAUCUUGAUCAUGUGUUCUUGGCAACCGCAAUAAUUAAUGUCAUUGGGUCAAAUGGACAACCGUGUCAAGCCAGAGCAUUAUUGGACUCUGGUUCCCAAAUAAAUAUCAUAACACAGAAGUUAUGCAACAAAAUUAAAGCAAAAUCAAGCCAAUCAAGCUUGAAAAUUAAUGGAGUAGGAUCAUCGCAAGUGGAAUCAACAAAACGAGCAAGUUUUGUUAUUAAAUCAAUGGCAUCUGGAUUCGAGGCGAAUCUAGAAGCGUUCGUCCUAAAGGAGGUCAGCACGUGUCAACCAUUGAACGAAGUAAACACAAGCAGAUGGAAAAUUCCAAAAAAUAUCAACUUAGCUGACCCUAAUUUCAACAUACCAGCAGCAAUUGACAUCAUCAUUGGUGGAGAGCUUUUCUUCAAACUAAUUUCCAUUGGACAAAUCGAGAUUGGAAAAUCCUUACCAGAUUUGCAAAAUACGGUGUUCGGUUGGGUAGUAACUGGAAAAGUGCUGGGCCUACAACAGCAGGAAGCUUUCGUGGGAAUGGUAAAUGAAACUCAGCUCGAAAAACAAAUUGAAAAAUUCUGGCAAUUGGAAGAACGCUACAAGGUCAAGAAACCAAUGACUGAUCGCGAAGUAAAUUGUGAGGAAUAUUUCGACAAAACUACUAUGAGAGAUAGUGACAAUGGAAAAUUUAUUGUGAAUUUGCAAUUCAUAAAAGAACCAUCAAUGCUGGGCAACUCGAAAAAUAUGGCCAUAAGGCGAUUCCUGUUCUUGGAAAGACGAUUCCAAAAGGAUCCGGAGCUAAAAGAGGAAUACGUUACUUUUCUACGAGAAUACGAAAACCUUGGGCACAUGGAACGAGUACAGUUGGAAAAUAUAACUGAUGAGAAUUAUUUCAUACCUCAUCAUGCCGUUAGGAACCCAUCCAGCAGCACAACGAAAUUUAGAGUAGUUUUCGAUGGAUCGGCAAAAACUACAACGAAUAUUUCACUGAAUGAAAUACUGGCUAAUGGUCCAAUGCUUCAAGACGACUUAUUUUCCAUAUUAGUUCGUUUCAGAAAACACGCGAUAGUGUUUUCAGCGGACAUUACAAAAAUGUAUCGCCAAGUAGAAGUGACUGAAAGUCACCAAAAAUGGCAGAUGAUUAUUUGGCGAGAACAACCAGACCAACCAUUGGGAUUUUAUAAACUAAAAACAUUGACAUAUGGGCUAACAUGUUCUUCUUAUUUGGCAAUAAAAGCACUUCAAACAUUGGCAGAAGAGCACAAGAACGUCUAUCCUGAAGCCGCAAAAAUAGCAAAAUCAGAUUUUAACGUUGACGAUGUUAUGACUGGAGCCGAAAAUGUGGAACAAGCGCUAGUGCUACAAGAGCAAUUAAUACAGAUGUGCAAAAGUGGACAUUUUGAACUACAUAAAUGGUGCUCCAAUCAUCCAAUGUUAUUGGAAACAAUACCAGCAAAGAAGCGAGAAGUAAGCCUGGAGAUCAAUGCAGAAAAAACAGAAACGAAGGCAUUGGGAGUAAAAUGGAUUCCCAAAGACGACAUUUUUAUGCUUUCGUACGUUCCAAAAGAGCAUAACAAAGUCACAAAGCGGACAGUCUUAUCGGAACUAUCACAAUUAUUUGACCCACUUGGCUUCGUAAAUCCGGUAGUCGUGAUGGCAAAAAUAUUCUUGCAAGAGAUAUGCAAAUUAAAAUUGCAAUGGGAUGCAGCAGUACCAAUGCAUAUGAAUAGCAAAUGGGAGCAGUAUCGAAACCAACUAAAAAAGUUAAAUAAGGUGAAACUACCCAGGCGCAUAUUAGUGGAUAAUCCGUCAGAUAUACAACUGCAUUUAUUCUCGGACGCAAGUGAAAAAGCAUAUGGAAGUGUUGCUUAUCUCCGGUCGGUAAAUUCAGACGGAGAACGGCUAGUCAGCUUGGUCUGUUCUAAAAGCAGAGUUGCCCCGAUAGUGCAAACAACAUUGCCAAGGCUGGAAUUGUGUGCAGCGCUACUAAACGUGGAAUUAGCAAAAAAGGUUGAGCAAACGUUGCAACUGAAUAUAUCUAGCACUACUUACUGGACGGACUCGGAAGUUGUCUUAUCAUGGGUGUUAUCAGAUGGAACCUACCGCACAUUUGUAGCCAACAGAGUAGCUGAAAUAAAAAGGAAAACUCAGCCGGAAAAUUGGAGAUAUAUCAAUACGAAGUCUAACCCAGCAGAUUUAGUGUCACGUGGAAUGACACCAGAAAAACUGUUGGAAUCCAAGCUAUGGUGGGAAGGACCACAAUUCUUAAAACAGGAAAAAGAAGAUUGGCCAGAAAUGAAAGCCUCAUUCAUCAGAGAAAUCACUGAAGAAAAGCAAAUUAAAACGGUGCUAACAGCUUCAGUACCAGAAGCCAAUUUCAUAGACAGGAUCAAUCAUAGAAAUUCUAUUCGAGUCCUUCAACGAAUUGUGGCGUACGCGCUGAGAAUGCUGAGAAAAAACAAUGGCGAACGAGAGCAAUCAAAUGAAACAUUGUCGAUAACGGAAUUAAAAGCAGCGAUGCGCGUAAUACUCAAACACGUCCAAAAAACCUGUUUUGCUGAAGAAUUGGAUUUGCUAAGCAAAGGAAAACAUUUGAAAAGUCGAUUUUCUAACUUUUCACCAAUCUUAGACGCAGACGGUCUAAUACGAGUCGGUGGAAGAUUACGAACAGCCGAAAUUUCAUUCGAUCAGCGACAUCCAGUAUUACUACCAAGGAAACAUUAUGUGACAAGAUUAAUAUUGGAGCAGCUACAUCGUGAAAAUAUGCACGCCGGACCACAAGCACUCUUAGCGAUAGCUAGGCAAAAAUACUGGCCAGAGCAAGGCAAGCAAUUGGCGCAAGAGGUCGUGAAAAAUUGUGUCCUCUGUGUAAAAUCGAAGCCAAAAAUGAUGGAGCAAAUCAUGGGAGAUCUGCCUAAAUCUAGGACAACUAUAGCACGAGCGUUCUACAACGUAAGCGUAGAUUUCGCAGGACCGGUUGAAAUUCAUAGCACCAUUCGUGGAAAACGAGUAACUAAAGGAUAUAUUUGCAUCUUUGUGUGCUUCACGACAAAAGCAGUUCAUAUGGAAGCCGCAAUAGACUUGUCCAUAGACGGGUUCAUUUGCUGUUUGAAACGAUUUGUCGCACGAAGGGGAUUACCAAACGCAAUCGUGUCAGACAAUGCUACUAACUUCAAAGGAACUCAUAACCAGCUGAUGGAGCUAAAAAAUGUGUUUUCGGACACAAAAAACCAGAAAAAAUUGUACGAAUAUUGUCAGGAUCAUCAAAUUGAAUGGAAAUUUUGUCCGGCAAGAAGUCCACAUUUUAACGGAUUAGCAGAAGCUGCUGUCAAAUCAGCUAAGUGGCAUUUGCGAAAAAUUUUACAUUCUGCCAGACUCACUUAUGAUCAACUGGGAACAAUCACAGCCGAAAUUGAAGCAAUUCUGAAUUCCAGGCCGUUAACACCGAUGUCCAACAAUCCCGACGAUUUACAGCCAUUAACAGCUGGGCAUUUCUUAAUUGGAGGACCACUGACAGGUCUAGAGGAUCGAAACAUCUCAAAUGGUCCCAAAACAAAAAUUUGGUACAAAAUGAUGGAAAUGCGAAAGGAAUUUUGGCGGCGAUGGUCCACGGAAUACUUGGCGGAAUUACAAAGCAAGGCCAAAUGGAGGCAGGAAUGCAACAACAUUAAAGUUGGAACAUUAGUCAUCUUAAAAGAAGAUAACAUGGCUCCAUUAAAAUGGCGAAUGGGCAGAGUCACAAAGGUUUUUUGUGAUGAAAAUGGUAAAGUACGAGUUGUCGAAUUUAUAACCAGUGUGGUCAGAAUUCCGGACAUAGCUAACAACAAAAAACGAAUAGCAAACAUGACCGCUUCAACCCAUUUGGUACGAAGAGCAAUACAUCGUAUUUGUCCAUUGCCAAUUGAGGUUAAUGACGAGCCAGAUACGUUAGCUUCCUCGAGCCAGCACAUACAAAAUCCAGCUCAACCUAGCGUCAUACCAUCUAUCGAGGAAUCUAAGGAAACAACUGAGCAGUCUUCCGAAAUAGAAGUUGCUAAUGCAGAGACUACUAUUGAGGAAGUUUCUGCAAUCGCUAAACCACAAGGCAAAUUAUUGAGAGUGUCAAAUGGUCGGGAGCCUCCAGUAAUCGUCAAGCAGCCAGAAGAGCCGAUUGCGCGAAGAACCAGAUCAAAAAUCAAAACCACAAUAUGUUCAGUGGCAACUGUAGCAUUCGUCUUUCUCGCUUUCCUUGGCAGAGCAAAGGCUGAACAGUGCCAAUACAAAUCAUUCGAUCAUAAUCCAGGACUGUAUUUCGAACCAGUGGGCAGAAUGGCUUUAACUCAUGAUAAAUGGAACAUCAUAUGCGUACUCAGUCUAGAUCAACUAUGGUCACAGGCAUCCGAAAUAACAACUAUGUUGGACCAGUUGGACACCAUUUGCAGCAAGAUAAAACCCCCGAAGCUUUGCAAUAUCACACGAAAGCAAUUUCGACAGCAAGUGAAAAUAUUGGAAGAACAAAAAAAAGUGAAUAAACGAAGCAAACGAGGCUGGGUAAAUAUUUUCGGAAGUGCUUUGAAACUAACUACUGGAGUUAUGGACCAUGAUGACAGUGAAUUGAUCCAGAAGCAAGUCGAAUAUUUGAACGGAACUUAUCAAAAUGCAAUGAAGUUAAUUGCUGAUCAGACAACAAUUCAAGACAUAACACAAAAUAUAAUCAAGCGUGAUGAAGUGAAUGUGUCAAAGCAAUACACAAUAGUUCACAACGAAGUAAUUAGUAUAAAUACUGUAUCCAUUCAAUGGAUAACGCCAGAGUUUGAGGAGAGUUUGAGAAGUAUUCAAACAGGAGAGUUUGAACGGUAG